AUGGAUACCCCAGCACAAUCUUCCGUUCCGGCGAGCGGGCAGGCUUCAAUUUACUCCAUCGAGAGACCCCUAACGAAUACUAUUGAUAACUCUGAGAAAGCCGUUGGUGAUGACAGCCAUGCAACAAUACCACCUCGAGUACAUGGAUGGAAAUGGUUCCUUGUCUGCUGUGUGCUCUAUUCCUCCGCCUUUUUAUACGGACUUGAUACAACAAUCGUGGCCGACGUCCAGGUGCCCAUUGUGGAAAGAUUCGGGUCUGUGGACAAGCUUAGCUGGCUGGGAACUGGCUUCCCUCUAGGAUCAGUCGCAACUAUCCUUCCAAUUGGCGCUCUUUAUAACAUAUUUGAUAUCAAAUAUGUAUAUAUAAUCUCACUCGCUUUGUUUGAAGGUGGAAGUGCUCUUUGUGGAGGUGCCCCAAAUAUGAACUCGUUGAUAGUAGGCCGAGUGAUGGCUGGGAUUGGAGGGUGUGGAAUGUACCUUGGCGUCCUCAACUACAUUGCAAUUUUUACCACCCUUCGAAGACGGCCUGUAUAUAUGGGAUUGACUGGAAUUGUCUGGGGAGCGGGGGCUAUCCUUGGCCCUGUGAUUGGGGGCUCCUUUGCAGACAGCCCUGCGACAUGGAGAUGGGUAAGUUUCACCUGUCUGGAUAUAAUAACUCCCAUCUCUAACAUAUUUCAGGCAUUUUACAUCAAUCUAGUUCUUGCUGCCAUCACGCUACCAGCACUCUUCCUGCUCGUUCCAAGACAUAAUGCAUCUCCAGAUGGUUCUGUGCUCUCGAAGUUCAAGGAACUGGAUAUCAUAGGAAUGGUUCUUAACGGCGGAGUGUACUUCCUUUGGGUCAUGGUUCUUACAUUUGCUGGAGUGACAUGGAAGUGGAACGACGGACGCAUAAUCGCCUUAUUCGUGCUCUUUGGAGUCACGCUUAUUGCCUUUAUUCUCCAACAAUACUUCGCAAUUUUCACCACGCCAGCCCGCCGAGCGUUCCCUGGAACCUUUCUCAGAAGAAGGUCAUUGAUCAUCCUUUACAUCAGCACCUGCUGCUCCAAUUCAGCAUUUUUCGUCGGUGCAUAUUAUAUCCCACUAUUCUUCCAGUUCACUCGUGGAGAUAGCGCAAUUGCCGCCGCCGUUCGCCUCCUACCAUUUGUCAUGGUCACAAUAACAGUCAUCAUGUCGAGCGGAGCUUUGAUGCCAGUUUUCGGUUACUACAUGCCCUGGUAUUCCAUCAGUGGAAUAUUCUUGGUUGCCGGGUCAGCCCUUAUGUAUACUGUUGAUGCUCAGACACCCACCGCAAACAUAUACGGGUAUUCUGUUCUUCUUGCCAUUGGAGCCGGAGCAAUAGCACAGGCCGCUUACAGCGUUGCUGCAGCGAAGGUUAAAGGGGUUGAAGUUAACCAAGCGGUUACUUUCAUUAACCUCGCUCAGCUCGGAGCAACGGUGUUGUGCCUCGCUAUCUCUGGUACGAUAUUCCAGAAUUUGGCCCUGAGAAACCUUGAAACUGCCCUCGCUCAAUAUGGCGACUACUCGAGGGAACAGCUUAUUUCGGCAAUUGCGGGUGCAAAGAGUGACAUCCUCAUCCAUGGAACACCAGAAGUUAAAGAGGCUGCAAUCAAUGCUAUUGUCUCUGCGAUGAAAAAUGUUUAUGUUUCGCUUAUCGCUGCAGGGGGUGUGGUAUUGACCACCUCUUUCUUCCUUAAGCGCGAGAAGCUGUUUAUGAAAAUGGAGGCCGUUGGGUAA